AUGAUAACAGUAUUGGAGUUUAUCGAAUUAACAGGUACCAGGGUCCGCUCCAUCCCGUCACAAACAAACGUCACCAUAUCGGCUGGACAAGAGUCGUCCUCAAGUGGCAUGGUCAAUACGACGGCGAAUAUCAAGAUCGAAGUUGGCGAGCCGCAUUCGAUCGUAUUUGACGAUGCAGCAGCGACGUUCCACGUGAAUGAAUCUGCGCCGCUUGGUUACGUAAUUGGAAAAGUAUCGGCUAGCGCGUUGUACAAACAGGAUGAGAAAAAUAUUAGGUAUUAUUUGGAAAUGAGAGAUAAUGCGACUGUGCCCUUUGAAGUGUCCGAGAAGACAGGAGUGUUGCGAGUGGCUCAGUUGUUAGACUAUGAAAAACAGAGGGAAUAUAAUUUUAACAUAUUAGCAAAGCUUGCUGGCUUCGGUGGUCAGAGUUCUAUAGUUGUAACCGUAUCCAUAAAAGAUUCGAACGAUCAUUCUCCGGUUUGGGCUGCCAAAUGGAAUCGUCAAGGUCCAGUGGCUGUCUCUAACGGUACUGCCGUUGGUACGGUCAUCCUAAAGGUUGACGCCGUUGAUUUGGAUUCAGGCGAGAAUGCGCGCAUAGGCUAUAAAUUAUCGUCGGAUUCUCAUGUGCCAUUUGCUGUCAACUUUGAAACUGGCGAGAUCUCGUUGUCGGCACCUUUGAAAACGGGUGAUAAUGAAUGGAGUGUUGCUGUAUGGGCAGUGGAUGCUGGACGACCUUUGCCAAGAUCCACAGUGUUGAAUUUGGUUUUUUAUCGGAAUGGAACGAGGUUGUGA